AUGACUGAGGUGGUCGUCCAUGGGAACACUGAGAUGGAGAUGUACUUUGACCCUCUGAGGAACGAGUAUUUCUUUGACAGGAACCGCCCCAGUUUUGACGCCAUCCUCUACUACUACCAGUCGGGCGGGCGUAUCAGGAGACCCGUCAACGUGCCCAUAGACAUCUUCUCUGAGGAGAUCCGCUUCUACGAGCUGGGAGAAGAGGCCAUGGAGAAGUUCAGAGAGGAUGAGGGUUUUAUUAAGGAAGAGGAGAGACCACUACCCGACAACGAACUGCAGAGAAAGGUGUGGUUGCUGUUUGAGUACCCUGAGAGCAGUGGUCCGGCGCGGGUGAUAGCCAUCGUCUCCGUCCUCGUCAUCCUCAUCUCCAUCGUCAUCUUCUGCCUGGAGACGUUACCGGAGUUCAGGGAGGACCACAAGGUGCCAGUCCCGUUGGCUCCCGUAACUAACGGCACCGAGCCGUACUUCUCCUCUCCGUUCUCCGAACCGUUCUUCGUGGUGGAGACGCUGUGCAUCAUCUGGUUCUCCUUUGAGCUGCUGGUCCGGUUCUUCGCCUGUCCCUCCAAGGCCACCUUCUCUAGGAACAUCAUGAACAUUAUAGAUAUCGUGGCCAUAAUACCAUAUUUUAUAACGCUGGGCACGGAGCUUGCGGAGCAGCAGGGGAACGGGCAGCAGGCCAUGUCCCUCGCCAUCCUCAGGGUCAUCCGUCUGGUCAGGGUGUUCAGGAUCUUCAAGCUGUCCAGACACUCCAAGGGGCUCCAGAUCCUGGGCCAGACCCUGAAGGCCAGCAUGCGGGAGCUUGGCCUCCUCAUCUUCUUCCUCUUCAUUGGAGUCAUCCUCUUCUCCAGUGCUGUUUACUUUGCAGAGGCCGAUGACCCAGAUUCCGGCUUCAGCUCCAUCCCAGACGCCUUCUGGUGGGCCGUGGUCACCAUGACUACCGUUGGCUACGGCGACAUGCACCCAAUUAGCAUAGGCGGGAAGAUUGUUGGCUCUCUCUGCGCCAUCGCUGGCGUGCUGACCAUCGCCCUGCCCGUCCCCGUCAUCGUGUCCAACUUCAACUACUUCUACCACCGGGAGACGGAGGGGGAGGAGCAGACGCAGUACCUCCACGUGGGCAGCUGUCAGCCACUGGCGGCCGAGAUGGACGAAGGGCAGGGGGUGAGGAAGAGGAGCAGCUCUUCAUUGCUCAGUAAGAGUGAGUACAUGGUAAUAGAGGAACACAGAGCACUGAACAGCAGUACCUUCAAACAGCAGCAGAACUUCUCAAUGACAACCGCUGCUACCAUGACAACCGUGACACACAACAUCACAGCGAACAGCAUCAGCAUUAGCAAGAAGAUCUUUACAGAUGUCUAG